GUAACAGUAUUUUGAAUUGAACUCUCUGCUGUUGCUACGCAACGAAACGCAAAAAGUCGCACUACUCUCAGCGUCUAUAGAUAACUGAAGAAUUUGGCGUAGCAUAGCUAGAAAGUUGUUUAAAACUUUUCCGUUAAAGAUAAAAUAUCUUUUAUGCCUCUGUUGCUGAUACAUGUGAAUUAACGUUUAAUAUGACUGACGGAAAUACCUCCCAAUUGAAACAUAACGUUACAGAUAGAUGUCCAAACAUACGGACGGCCGGGAAACUUAUACCUGUAAAGUUAGGAGACGGGACUAAAUCCUGUUUACAAGAAGCGUCAAGGCCCCCCACACCACCAGUGGUAAGGAAAUUCCGCAACAGCAUCCUACCAGAACCAGGAACUAUCAGAGUGCACAAAGGCAAGGCAAAUGAUCCAGAUGUUGCCAACACCCUCAUUCAUGGCAUUAGCACCAAAUCAUCCCUCACUGGCAGAAGCUUGAUAAAUCCUCCCCAAAAGACCUUGUUCCAGCAGAGGUUACAAGAACUCAGGGAAUCUGUUUACGCCUCCAGUCAAAAGGCACCUGUGGGCAGGUCACACGACCAGCGUGUUGGACUUCCCGCCUGGAAUAACGACAACACUACGUAUGGUGUGAAAACAUUGAAAGGGUUGGCUGUGCGUGAGAUUAUUAACCCUUCUAAAACAGCAGAGGAGGUGGACAGGGAAGCUCAGGAGGGACAUGAGACUUACAUCCGUAGCCACAACGCUUAUUUUACUGGUGAGCGUAUUGAUAGGAAGUAUGACUGGAAUCACUACAGUGAAGACGGCAGGUUCGGAAUUCUCACACCUCAUUUCAACGACGGACGUAAUCUCAGCAAAACGCUCCACUGGCUGGGGGAGACACAAAAGUUUUACAAUCCAAAGAUUGUCUGGAAGAGAUCUGGGAACAAGGAAAAGAUGGCCCAACUAAUGGGCAAAACAACCACUGUGAGAGGAAAUACCUUGAAUCUUCCACCAGACCACACAUUUGGAACCCUUUUACCGCCAGAUGAAUUUGGUGUUGGAGCUAUAAUCCACUCCACAGAGCCAGGCCAGUACGCAAGAGGCCGAGAAAGACAGCGCAGCCUGGUCAAUGCAGUGCGACACCAUCUGAAGAAGGUCAAUUUCCACAACUUCCCCUCUCUGCUGCAGGCAUUCAGACAUUAUGACCAGACAGGCAAGGGAAUGAUUGACAAAGAGGACCUGCAGGCAGUGUGCAGUCGGUUCCAGCUGAACGUGAGCAGACUGGUUUUGGAUGACCUGAUGGACUACUGUGACACAGACAAGGACGGACUAAUCAACUUCUUGGAGUUUGCUAACUUCCUCAACUGGAAGGACAAGAUGCCCAUCAACAGUCAAGAGCAAUGCAUUAUGACAAAUGCAGAGCGUCAGAGCACCACGGCUCCAGCCAAUAUCGAAAGGAAGCCUUCAUCAGAAUCGGCACAGCUUCCUGCCCCUGAGGCCUUGAUUAAGCCUGAGGACCUGGAGCCCGUUAAGCCAGGCAGCUCACUGAAGACCGUCAGGACCUUGAGGCGACUCAGGGCAGCCCCAGACCACUUCAUCACCUCGUCUACCCUCAUUGGGUCUGUCAGUGAUCCGUCCACAUCCAGCAGCCGCACCUAUGGGAUCCCAUCUGUGCGCUCGGACCUUCCAGCGCCACGCAUAAAGAGAGUCAGUGACCAUAAGAACUAUGGUGACACCUCCACAGCUGCAGAUCUUUUGCAUCCAUCAGUCCAUGCCCUUCGGGGUGUUCAUGAGGAACACUUCUUCUGUCCUCGCACCAAGGAGGAGAUUACAGAGAUCUUCAGGAAUGUGGGCGUUAAUGUUUGUCAGGAGACAUUCGACGAGGCCUGGAAGCUGGCCUCGAUGAAGAAUCCGGCCGGGGAGGUUUGUGUCGAGGUUUUCCGUAACGUACUUAAGGAAAUAAAAGCAAUCUAAUACUC